GGGUUUCCUCGUUGCUUCACUCUAUCUACAGGACACGUCCUCAUUGAGAUUUCUAUCGCUCAAAAGAAACUCAACGACAGGCUAGAAGAAAACUUCAAGAAAUUCCAUAAAGAGAUUAUAUCGGAGCUGGAGAAGAAAACUGAACUAGAUGUAAAAUAUAUGAAUGCUACUCUGAAGAGGUACCAGACCGAACACCGAAGCAAGUUGGAUUCUUUGGAAAAAUCUCAGGCGGAGCUGAAAAAAAUCCGGCGGAAAAGUCAAGGGGGACGGAACGCCUUCAAAUACGAACAUAAAGAAAGCGAGUAUGUGGAAACCGUAAGCUCCCGACAGACCGACAUCCAAAAAUUUAUUGCGGAGGGUUGCAGAGAGGCCUUGCUGGAAGAGAAGAAAAGAUUUUGUUUCCUGGUGGACAAGCACUGCAGCUUUGCUCAACGCUUGUUCCAUUACCAUGUGGAGUGUUCGGAGAUACUUAACUCUAAGUUGCCGUGCUGGCUGGAAACCUGCAGCGACGCCACCAAAGUUCCAGCGAACAUCAUGAAUAUGAUAGAAGAGAUCAAGACGCCUGGAUCCGUUUCGCUAUCGGGGACUCCGCUGCCUUCCCCAAUGAUCGAGAGGAAUAACCUGAUUGGAAAUAAUUACGAUUCCCUUCAAAGGCAUUCUCCUCGGGUGCCCCCAGCGCCCCCAGGGAGAGCCUACACCAGUCCCUUAGUGGACAUGUUCAACAACCCACCAGUCGUGCCAAAGAUGUCUUCCGAGAAAUUAAGCAACGCAGCAGAUGAUUCCAGUUUAUUGCGAUCUACCUCUAUGGCCACCGGUCUGAACAUCAUAAAGCGUCAGAAAGUUAAGACCAUCUUUCCGCACACCGCUGGAAAUAAUGAGACCCUCCUUAGCUUCGCCCAGGGCGACAUCAUCACGCUUCUCGUAUCGGAGGAGAGGGACGGGUGGCUGUACGGAGAACAUGAUGUCACAAAAGUGAAAGGCUGGUUCCCAUCCUCUUAUACGAAGCUCUUUGAAGGUCCGUCAGAAGAGACCUUGCGCAUUCCAGUUCCAAGCCCUGCGCCCGUCCGAAGCGUUAGCUCGGGCAACUUAACGGACAGAAACAACCCCAUCCUUCCCCCACCAGAUUAUGUCAUAUCUGGGCAAACCAAACCAGCUUCAGAGCCAAAACUUGAAACUUCUAAAACUACAGCAGCUCAAGGAGAAAGCACAUCUCUUAAACCUAACAUGAAUGGCAUUAUGAAGCCACCUUUCCUAAGUGGCGAGAACCCAUUUGCAACCGUCAAACUCCGACCGACAGUCACGAACGACAGAUCGGCGCCAAUCCUUCGAUGAGCGGCACUGAAAAAACCCCGAUUUUUUUUUUUUAAUCCUACCUUGUCAACAUUGCACAGCCUGCCCCAGCCUGCGGUCCUUCAGGUGUUGCGUUGAGAUGGGUCCGACUUCGCCGCCAGCUCAGCAACUGGAAGGUCCCCUGGUUGAUGGUGGCCAUACUGUCUUCAGCAAUAUGAUUUCCAAAUACUGUCUGAAGUUUUGUUUUUAACCUUUAUUUAAAUGUUAAUUAAUAUGUACAGCAGCAGCAGCAAAUUGCCAAAGUUUCUUGACUUUUUUAAAUGAGCUUUUUUUUUUCUCUUCUUUUGGCUUCUUGUUUCUGCUAAUUAUGAAUGGCUGCAGAUUUUGCUUUGAUUUUACAGCGUGCCUUGUUUAGGAGGACAGAAUUAACUUUAGGAAAGCAGAAAUAGCCAAAUAGAGAAACCAGCAGAUCUGAUCCUUUAGUCUUCUAUUACCAGCAUCACUGCUUUAAGACGUUUUGUGCCAAUGGUGUGGUUUAAUCCUGUGGAUCAGUUCCGUUUUAGUUUUGCUUGUACAAUUUACUUAGAGAGAGGGAUACGAGUAGCUGCUUUUUAAACAGGCAAGCCGUUUAAGGAUGACCUAAGAGAAUUAUCAUGCCAAAUAAUAUUUUCAUUACAUAAGCUACGAUAAAAUGCCUUAGGGAUACAGUAAUAAAUAAAAUACUCUAAUCAGAAAACGGGACAUUCUUUCAUUGGUUUGCAGUACGUAAAAGCCGAAUCUAUUACUCUCUCUUCCUUUAAAUAGGAUUUUAUUUGAGGGGUC